CAAGCAGUGGACAGACACAACAAGAGCCGACAAAAACCGGAACAGACUCGACAAAGACCGAGACAAGCACAGAGACUCCCCAUGGCGAUCGCGAGCAACCACGGCCACGGGGCCUCCCUCCCGGGCCUGGGCGGGGAUCCCCUCUCCCACCCGACCUGGAAGCGGUCCCUCCAGGAGCUCGCCGCCAGCAACCUGGCCCUGGUGGGGGGCAGCGGGAGCAGCGCAAGGGGCGCCGCUCCCCCCACGGCGGCGGCGCAGAUCCUGCUGGGGAGCCGGACGGACUUUGGGUCCCUCCUGGCCGGGAAGCGGGCGGUCCGCCAGCCGAAUCAGACCCACGCGCCGAAACACAAACACAAACCGAAGCCCCCUUCCACCCGCGGCUUUUCCGGAGACGGGGGAAUCGAGGCGGUGGUCCGGCGCCACCGGGACGGGAUGCUCGAGCGGAUCCUGCGGGAGGAGCGGGAGCAGACCCAGAGGCUUCUCGAAAAGGCCGUCGAGCGGCAGAUCGGGGACGACUGGAGGGAGGAGCGCAAAUGGUGGAGGAACGAGCUGGUGGGCGACCGGAACCUGGUGGACGCGACGCUCGAAACGACGGCCGGGGCGGUUGUGCCGUCUUCUGCUCCGUCGGCAUCGGGUUCUUCCGCCCUUGCCCUCCUCGGGCCUUCCGCAGCGGGCCCAUCGUCGGGGGGGCUCCUGGCGUCCGAUCCCGGAAGGCCCGGACGGGGCCGCACCGGCUGCGAUCCGGCCGCCAUGAAGGAGCACCUGGGCGUGGUCCGGAACGCCGCGAAGGGGUCGGACCCCCUGGGCACGAUCGCCGCCUUUGGGCAGCUCGCCUCCACGGAGGCCUACGGCGGGGGCUACAAGAACGCCUGGACGCUCCUCCGCUGCGUCCUGCCGAACCUCGGCAGCCCCAUUGGGGGGGCCCGGGGGGCCCAGUCCUUCAUCUGCAAGCAGUACCAGGCCCUCAUCCACGGCCACGUCAAGUCGGCCGGCCUCUCGGGCCAGGACGUGGCGGUCCCCAUCGCCUACGGGGCGCCGGGGGGCACGGCGGAAACGAUCGCGGCCUACGUCAAGCUGGUGUCCGGGAGCCACGCGAGCGUCUGGGAGCUUCUCUACUACUGUACGUUGCGUGCCGAUGUCCCAGCCAGGUCGGGAAGACCCUUUCGCAGGAUGGACUGUAGCCGGUUUCCUCACACUCGCCAUGAUUGUUUCUCGUUCGUGCGUUUUCUCUUUUGCAACUUGCAACAGGCCUUCGGUGUGGCGAUGCCCAUGCGGCCAAGGAUGUGCUGGACGCUACGCCCGCUGGCCGGGAAGACUUCCCGGAGCAACCCUUUCUGGGUGCCGUCAUUGGUCCCCUCCGCCAACGGCAGGGGGCGGCAUCCUGUAUGUUCGAAGUAGGUUCUCCAAUGAUUUCCUCCGAACACCGGUCCACGAUUCUCAACAUGCACGAAAAGACAAAGAACCUGGAACCCAACAACACGCACAAGCUUUCCGUGCUGGCCCUUCUGUGUGGAGAACACCUCGAGUCCUAUCCUUCCAUCGAAGAUUAUUUGUUCGGGCGUCUGUGGUUUGCCCUGAUGGACCGAGAAAACCCGGUGGCCCGGAUCGAGGAGAUCGGGGCCAGCGUCCGCAAGUACGGGCCAUCCUACUUUACGGCGGACGGCUGCGGGGAGUGGAACUACGUCCUACCCCUCAUGGUUUCGCAGCAGUUCGAAACCGCUCUGUCCUACCUAGGCCAGGCGGGGGGACCCACCGGUUUGCUGCAGGCCGUCCACCUGGGCAUCGUCUUUGCACAGGCAGGGGUCCCCGUGGCAGAUCUCGGGGACGCUUCCUCGUCCUCCAGGGGGUCGUCGCCGAGAGACGUGGUCACCGCCCUGCUCGUCAACUACGCGGGCCUCGCGGAACGGGAACCCUCGGCGCGGGUCCUGGCGUCCCUGGAUUACCUGCUCAACAUCCCGAGCAAGGAAGAAUCGCACCACCAGGUCGCGAGCCUGAUCCUCCGGGCCCCACCGGACGAGAAGGAAGUCCUGAUCGGGGUCCUCGAUUCCGUCGGAAACCGAAAAGACAGCGAGCUCGACAAGCGAAUGGGCGAGGGCGAAGUUUCGGGGAUCCUCGAGGCCGCGGCGGAGCUCUGCAAGAAGCAGGCUUCCGAUCGCUCCAGGGCCGAGAUGAGCGCCAAGCUCUUCAUGCUGGGAUACAAGCACUCGAAGCUCGUCCAACUCCUGAACGAGCAGCUCGCUCCCGUCGACGCCUUUGACGACGACAAGCGGUACUGGACCGAGCAGUCGGAACUCUUCUACGGCGCCUAUCUCUCCAAGCGGACCAAGGUCCUGGACUCCAUCGAGCGAGAGGGCAAGCUCGCCCUCAUCGAGACCAACCGCAGCCUGCUCGAGCUCCGGUCCUUCCUCGCCGCCUACCAGCAGCGAAACUUCCAGGAGGCCUUUGGAAUCGUCUCCCGGACGGGCCUCCUGCCCAUGGCCCAGGACGACCUCAACGAGACGUCCAGCUUGUUCCGCGACCUGGACCCCAUCCUCAAGGGGGAGCUCCCGACGGUCCUGACCGCGGCGGUGGGCUGCGUCUGCGAGCUCUUCCACGGCCUCCGGGCAAAGUCCAAGGGCCUCCCCCCGGCGGUGACGGACCGCCUCCGGGAGCUCCAGUUCCAGGCCCGCCUCCUCUUCAUCUACGGGGGACUCGUCAACAUGCCGAGCACCUGCAAGAACGACAUUGCCCGGAUGCGGGCCAACAUGAUCCUGUAGGUAGCGCUCUGUGUAAUGCGCGUCGCAAGCAGGGGGACCCAUCGAGAGUAGAC